AUGUUAUCCGCAAGCUACAUCUAUUGUUGUUGCGUUGAAUGGAAUGCAAUAUGUUUGUGGGCUACUGAAUGUCAAUUUUUGAUGACUCGUAUCGAGGUUACACAACAACAAUUUCUUAUCUCUUCGACUAAAUUUCCCUUCGUUAGCUUAUCUAUUUCCAAGAAAUUCACUAACAUGCAUAAAUGGGCAAUAAAGCAUUUUUAUGACAGUAAAAAUUAUGUUUUGCCACUGAAUUAUGCAGAAGAAAGCUUUUUACAUGGAGGUUUCGACAAAUUCCUUAUGCAGUUUGGAUAA